ACAACAUCUAACUCCCCUCUCGCUAUAUAUGAACCGCGCAUUCUGCCAACCAAGCAGUAUUCGACGUACCAUCGCAUCUAUAAACCAUAUCCGCACCCUUUCAAAUCGAACUCGAAGGAUGGCCGACCCGAUUCCACUCUCCGAGAUCCCCACCCUCAGUCUCCUCUACAAGCUCAACCGAAUCACAUCCUCGACCACCAGUGCACCCGAAUCCGUCCCAGCCCCAAAUAGCUCGUACAACGACAAAAUAUCAGUGAUCCGACAAGACAUAACCACUUUAGUCGUCGACGCGAUCGUCAACGCUGCAAACAACUCCCUCCUCGGCGGCGGAGGCGUCGACGGUGCAAUCCACCGAGCCGCAGGCCCCUCCCUCGUCGAAGAAUGCGAAACGCUGGAUGGUUGCGCUACUGGUGACGCAAAGAUUACACAGGGUUACGAGCUCCCCGCACAACACGUCAUCCACGCCGUAGGACCAAUAUAUUGGCAGACGAAGCGCGAGGGGAAGCAUACGCAGUUGUUGAGUGGGUGUUACCGUAGGAGCCUGGAACUUGCGGUCGAGAAUGGGCUGAAGAGCAUUGCUUUCGCCGCGCUGAGUACGGGCGUGUAUGGGUAUCCGAGUGGGGAGGCUAGUAAGACUGCGCUGGCGACUGUGAGGGAGUUCUUGGAUUCUGGGAAGGGCGAGCAGCUUGAUCGUAUCAUCUUCUGCAAUUUCAUGCAAAAGGAUGAGGAUGCUUACUUCGAAAACAUACCGAACUUCUUCCCACCCGUUUCCGAACCAAGCACAGCAGCGACAGAAGAAGCACAAUCGAAAUCAACACAAGAAGCCGAACAGCUCGCCGCCAAGCUCCCCGAUCCCCCCACAAACGAACCCGUAAACCCAGACGAGCCGUCGCAGAAGAAGCAGAAAACAGACGGUAUCGAGGACGACUUCGUAGUCGUUGAGAAAGAAGAUGCGAGGGGCUCAACACCACCACCAUCGAAAUCAGAUCUAUGAUUCGUGACCUAAUGACCUACACUAUGACUGAUGACAUCACAAUGAUAAGAGUCGAAAAUUAUCGAUGGCGUUACGGGGUUGGGUUCCACAUAUUCAAGUUAUUUAACAUCCUCGCUAUGGAAGGGUCUGUUCGAGGUUGUUCGCACUGGGGCUUAUGAAGCAUUGGAAUGCCGCCCCUAAUAACUAUCUACCUAGGUAGCUUGGAGUAACCAAUGAAUUGGAAUAAUAUCUGCU